AUGAGUGAAUAUAUUCGAAGUCCUCUGAUAAGAUUAAUGUAUGAAAAGUUGGAUCAUCAAAAUAAACAUUCGAACUCAAAUCAUGACCAUUGGUAUGAUUAUCGCUCUGAAUAUUUAGAUUUUGAACUUCGGAACAAGUUUAUUAAAUCAAAACAAGAUGAAGAAACUUGCGAGUUUUUGAACAAUUGCUAUGUCAAAUCUGACUGGUUAUUUACACACUUUUAUCAUGCUAUUGCUAAAGCUGUUUUAACUUGGUUCAUGACUUCAACUUCUAUAAAUGGUUUAGUUGGCCGUGGUUCUAUGUUUGUUUUCUCAUCAGCACAAUUUCUUCGCUUACUUGAUGUUAACGAUAGCUUCAAGUCGAAUUCUUUACUCGACUUAGGUGCCGGUGACGGCAAUGUGACAUUGAAAAUGGCUCCUUACUUUAAAGAUAUAUUCGUCACAGAAAUUUCUCCAGUUAUGCGUUGGCGUUUAAGUAAACAUGGCUUUACAAUUUUAGACGUUGACUCUUGGGAAUUAAUAAAUAAAGAAUUGAAUACACCCAAAGUUCCAUCUCAUUUUGAUGUUAUUAGUUGUUUAAAUUUAUUGGAUCGUUGUACAGCUCCAAUUACCUUAUUGAAACGAAUUAGUCAAGCUUUAAAACCUACGACGGGAAUUUUAAUUCUUGGGAUAGUUUUACCAUUGAAACAAUAUGUUGAAAGUCGUGAAAUUUUCACAAACGCACCUGAAUAGGUUGUACAAUUAAUUGACAUCAAAACCUAUUUAAACAAACAAAAGACAGAUAACUUGUUGAAAUAUCUAGGUGGAAGGAGCAGGUAGCCCAGAUAUUUAUGCAGGCCACCGUUAUCCAGCAAAACUACUUAGAGAAAGUAUUCUUUUGUUUAAUUAUAUUUUUAAUAGCAUAACUCAUAUUUCCAUAACAACAUUGUGCUUCUAAACAAACCUAUUUUAAAGUUUCAAGGUUUUAGAGCGUAAGUCAGUAUCUACGUUAGUCUACUGACACACC